UCCUCCAUCAUCCGUCCAUCUGAUCACCAACCACCCAAAUGCAUUCCCUUGCCGCCACUUCGCUGCUCGCCGCCGCACUGCUGGCCGCUCUGCCUGGCACCUUCGCUGGCGUUGCCCCUGCCGACCACCACGCCAACUUUGCCGACUCCUCCGUCGCCUUCCAAGGAUCCGUUGUCUCGACCACGCCCUGCGAGUCCCAGAUGGCCGUUCGUCUGACUGGCUGCCACAACGCCAAGGUCUCUGUCACUUGCGUCUACUUUGACGACAACACGCCGUCUUCGAUCAAGACCGGCGACGUCGUCGACGUGCUCGGGCUCGGAUACGGCGCCACAGGCGCCUGCGGCCCCUCGCUCGUCGAACAGGGACAGUCCUAUGUCUUUGGUGUCAACCCGCUUCCCUCGCAGUCGCUGGCAUUCAUCCUGCCAAACAUCUGCCAGACACCCUACAAGCUAUCGUCUGGGGACGCCGAGGGAGGAGCGGUCGUCGUGGAUCCGAGCCGCCUGAGCUCUGCCCUUUUGCUCGUCCAGGACGGCGCCGUGACUCGCAAAACGCCGCUUCUGUCAUCGUGCGGAGCCUCUCUGCCCGACGCUGAGGCCCUCGAUGCCGAGUAGAAGCGCAAGUCGACGAAGCUCGCCUGUGCGAUUCCUGUGGUCUCUUCCCCAACAGCGCUGCCCUUUGUCCUCGCGUUCGUCUUUGCCUCCAUCAUCAACGACGCUUCAACCCUCGCCUCCAUAUCCUGCGAAUUUCUUUUUUGGUCCUCAUCAAGUCGCACUCCCACACCAGCCUGCCGCUGUCUCGAACCCGAAUACGAUGUUUACUUUUUCUGUUAUUGUUUUUCACGCCGUCUUGCCCGUGCCAUCGCGCUGCCGAAGCCAAAAUACAUUACACAUGAACUUUUUGAA